AUGACUCAACUGGUGCACACCGCAGGCUCUGGCAAGUCGACUAUUGUCAAUGAGCUUACUGAGGAACUGGAGAGGAGUGGUCUGCGAACUGUGCAUUUCAGUCUCGACGAUCUUUACCUCACCCACCGCGAGCAGCUCGAACUCUCCGCGAAACACCCCGCCAACAAGCUCUACAAACAUAGGGGACUUUCUGGAACACAUGAUAUGGUGCUCGCGAAAGACAUCUUCCAGCAGCUACGCGAGAGCUGGAAUGCCCCUGCGCACUCUCACAUCGAUAUACCAGUGUACGACAAGUCCCUGCAUAGCGGCCAGGGCGAUCGCAAAGCGAAGGGUGAAUGGACAAGUAUCGAUCUACAACCCAGCAACCCGAUCAGAGUGGUCAUUUUUGAAGGCUGGUCUGUAGGUUUCAGACCACUCGAAGCUGCUGUCUUGUCUGCUCAGCAUAAAUCUGCUACUCACUCUGAACCCUCCCUCACAAACCAACUCGCUGAACAUAGUCUGCAGGAUGUGCUCGAUAUCAAUAGCGCACUCCGUGACUACGACACCUUCUUCUCCGGCCCUCAGUUUUUCGAUGGUCUCGUGUACCUCCAAACACUGGAGCUGGGGUAUGUUUACGACUGGAGACAGCAACAGGAACAGGGCUUGAGAGAUGCAAAUAAGCCUCAUCAAUCUGAAGAGGGCAUCAUCAACUUUGUGAAAAAUUACAUGAUUGCAUAUGAGCUUUAUCUGCCUCAACUCACUCAAGGAUUCUUUGGCAGCCAAAAUAAAGGUAGACAGCUCACACUUACCCUCAACAAACAGCGUGAAAUGAUGGGUAGCCAGGUAAUUUAG